AUGGAAGAAAAGGGAGCAGGCGUUAAUGUAACUGAUAUAUAUGGACAAACCCCUCUAACAUUGUCAUGUCGUAAUGACAACAGUGAUAUUAUUCGAUUAUUAAUAGAAAAAGGAGCAGACGUUAAUGCUUCUGAUCAUGACGGACAAACCCCUCUAAUGUGGUCAUGUGCAAACAACAACAGUGAUAUUGUCCGAUUAUUAAUAGAAAGAGGAGCAAACGUAAAUGUAUCUAAUGAAAAAGAACAAACUCUUCUUAUAUUGUCAUUUAAAGGAGAAGAGGUUAACGUACGUGAUUUUGAGGGAAUGACUGCUUUGUCAUACGCUUCCAAAAACGGGUUUUUGGAAAUUGUCGAAGAAUUGAUAUUGAACGGGGCUGGUGUUAUCUUAGCUGAUACAAAUGGAAAAACGCCAUUGAUAAAUGUUCUGCAUUAA